GUUGUGAAGACUUCUUAAGGGCAAGUGGAAGGUGGGACAAACCGUUGGUGAGGUGCUAACUGAGAGGAGGAAAAAAAGCGCCUGACUCCGAAAGUUCCCGCCUACAAUGACUCCUGAAUUGCGUUGUGGACUUUGAUUGGGUUUAGAAAUAUCAGGGUGUAAUUGUAUGUGAGUGAGUGACAAAGCUUGGAGCUGUCGCCCUAGGAGUGGUUUUCAUCGCCAGGAGUUUCAUUUUCUGUUGAAACGAUUCGGUUGUGGGCAAGAACGGAAUUUCCUUUUCAAAGUGAAUGGUGUUUACGUGGACAAAUGAUUAACUAAUAUGGCCUGUAGAAGAGAAGGAAUUCAAGAACAGCUUCUCUCUUCCAUCAUUUCAACUAUAAAUUCUCAUAAGUCUCCAGUGUGUGCCAGUCAAGUUCAUAGAAUAUGUAUGGUGUCUGACUUUUUUUAUCCAAACAUGGGUGGAGUGGAAAGCCAUAUUUACCAGUUGUCACAGUGCCUAAUUGAAAGAGGACACAAAGUUAUUGUAGUCACCCAUGCUUAUGAUGAUCGUAAAGGCAUUCGAUACCUCACCAACGGACUAAAAGUCUACUAUUUACCAUUAACAGUAAUGUAUAACCAAUCUACAGCCACUACCCUUUUUCACAGUCUGCCUCUGCUCAGGUACAUAUUUAUUCGAGAAAGAAUCACCAUUGUCCAUGCACAUAGUUCAUUUUCUUCUAUGGCUCAUGAUGCACUGUUUCAUGCUAAGACAAUGCAGCUACGGACAAUUUUUACAGAUCAUUCACUUUUUGGAUUUGCUGAUGUCAGUUCAGUGCUUACAAAUAAACUCUUGACUGUAUCACUAUGUGAUACAAACCACAUAAUAUGUGUUUCUUACACAAGCAAAGAGAAUACUGUAUUAAGAGCAGCACUUAAUCCAGAAAUAGUUUCUGUCAUCCCUAAUGCUGUUGAUCCUACUGACUUCACUCCAGAUGCAUCUAAACGUGACAAGAACACAAUAACUAUUGUUGUGGUUAGCAGACUUGUAUAUAGAAAAGGUAUUGAUUUACUUAGUGGUAUAAUUCCUGAGCUAUGUCAGAAGUAUCCAGAUUUACAUUUCUUAGUUGGAGGAGAAGGACCAAAAAGAAUUGUAUUAGAAGAAGUACGGGAAAGAUAUCAAUUACAUGAAAGGUAUGUUUUCUGCAUUGCAUUUAAUAUAGCCAAAUUAUCAAAAGAUUUAGCAGAGAAAUGAAGAAAGGAAUAGGAUGAUGAUUUUACACAAUAAUGGUUUGUUUACACAUGCAUACCUAUCAUGUUAUUCUGUUUGAAAAGUGCAGAAAAGAUAUAAGAACUAGUAAGUAAAAAAAAGGGACAGAAAAUAAAUUAUAGCUAAAUCUAAGUUUAUAUCAACUGCAUUUAUUGUAUGCCUUUCUGUGAUUUCAUACUCAGCUUGAAAAUAUAUUUUAGUUUUCUGCAAUAAUGCUGCCCUGAGAUUAUAACCUU